AUGGAUGAAGCAGACACAUCAAGAUAUUGGUGUCACAUGUGUUCACAGAUGGUGAAUCCUAUCGUGGAGGUCGAGACGAUAGAAUGCCCCAUCUGUCAAAGUGGAUUUGUGGAAGAAAUUGCCUCUCCCACUGCUGCGGAAAAUGAUCAAACUCUUGAUUUUGGACCUGAAGGGAUUGAUUCUGAGCGGGCCCUCUCCCUCUGGGCCCCAAUCUUGCUUGGCAUGAUGACUAACUCUCAUCGCCGUCGUCCUCUUAGACGUGUGGAAUUUGAAGACGAUGGUGAGGAGGACGAGAACAAUAAUCCUCACCGCGAGGUGGGGAUGGAGCUUGAUCGUGAAAUGGAGUCAAUAACGAGGAGGAGGAGAAGGAGCUCAGCUACAAUUCUCCAGCUCCUCCAAGGUAUUAGAGCUGGAAUGAUGUCUGAAUCAAUAAAUUCCGAGAGUGAUAUCAGGGUGAGCGAUAGAGAUAAUAAUAGGAACAGAGACGAUAUGAUUUUGAUCAAUCCCUUCAAUCAAACAAUCACAAUUCAGGGUUCUUAUGAUCCCAAUAAUGACCACCAAAACCGCACUCCUAGUGGCUCGCUGGGUGAUUAUUUCAUGGGUCCUGGUUUAGACUUGUUGCUGCAGCAUUUGGCUGAGAAUGAUCCAAACAGAUAUGGGACUCUGCCGGCUCAAAAAGAGGCAGUAGAAGCAUUGCCCACUGUGAAAAUUGAUAAAGCGGUGCAAUGCUCCGUUUGCUUGGAAGAUUUUGAGGUUGGGGCUGAAGCGAAGGAGAUACCUUGCAAGCAUAAGUUCCACAGCGGAUGUAUCUUACCAUGGCUCGAGCUUCAUAGUUCAUGUCCUGUCUGUAGGUACCAGUUACCUUCUGAUGAAUCCAAGCUCGAUUCAGAUGGAUCUACAAAUCAUAGUAAUAACAACAAUGCAGAGCGGGAUGACAGAAAUGGAAAUGGAAGACGUUUUUCGGUUCCCCUUCCAUGGCCUUUUAGUAGUUUGUUUUCAUCCUCCGGUUCCCACUCUAGUACGGGGACUUCAUCCUCAAUGUCACCAUCAGGGUCAUCAACAACUGCACCCGCAAGUACUUCACCUAAUGAUGAGAGCUAA